CAGCAGCCAGCCGAGAAGUGGCCAGAGAGGCCUAGGGGACAGCCAGGGACGCUGGACAUGCGGCCAGGGCCCUGGGGCCUGUCCAGGCGCCAGCGGGCCCCGUGACGGGAGGACCCCGACACCCUGGCCCGGGGAGGGGGCCAUGGUGCUGUCUGGCCGAUAUGUCAGCCGAGGUGCGGCUGCGGCGGCUCCAGCAGCUGGUGCUGGACCCCGGCUUCCUGGGGCUGGAGCCCCUGCUCGACCUUCUCCUGGGCGUCCACCAGGAGCUGGGCGCCUCCGAGCUGGCCCAGGACAAGUACGUGGCCGACUUCUUGCAGUGGGUGGAGCCCAUCGCGGCGAGGCUUAAGGAGGCCCGAUUGCGGCGGGAUGACUUUGAGAUUCUGAAGGUGAUCGGACGCGGGGCGUUCAGCGAGGUAGCAGUGGUGAAGAUGAAGCAGACAGGUCAGGUGUUUGCCAUGAAGAUCAUGAAUAAGUGGGACAUGCUGAAGAGAGGCGAGGUGUCGUGCUUUCGGGAGGAGAGGGACGUGUUGGUGAACGGGGACCGGCGCUGGAUCACACAGCUGCACUUCGCAUUCCAGGAUGAGAACUACCUGUACCUGGUUAUGGAGUACUACGUGGGCGGGGACCUGCUCACGCUGCUGAGCAAGUUUGGGGAGCGGAUUCCGGCCGAGAUGGCGCGCUUCUACCUGGCCGAGAUUGUCAUGGCCAUCGAUUCGGUGCACCAGCUGGGCUACGUGCACAGGGACAUCAAACCUGAUAACAUCCUGCUGGACCGCUGUGGCCACAUACGCUUGGCUGACUUUGGCUCCUGCCUCAAGUUGCGUUCGGACGGAACGGUGCGGUCACUGGUGGCUGUGGGCACCCCAGACUACCUGUCUCCCGAGAUCCUGCAGGCCGUGGGCGGUGGGCCCGGGCCAGGCAGCUACGGGCCUGAGUGCGACUGGUGGGCGCUGGGCGUGUUCGCCUAUGAAAUGUUCUAUGGCCAGACGCCCUUCUACGCCGACUCCACGGCAGAAACCUACGGGAAGAUCGUGCACUACAAGGAGCACCUGUGUCUACCACGGACGGACGCAGGGGUCCCUGAGGAGGCUCGCGACCUCAUUCUGCGGCUACUGUGUCCCCCGGAGGCGCGGCUGGGCCGGAACGGAGCCGCCGAUUUCCAGAAGCACCCCUUUUUCUUUGGCCUCGACUGGGACUGUCUCCGUGACAGUGUGCCCCCCUUUACACCAGAUUUUGAGGGUGCGACUGACACAUGUAACUUCGACUUGGUGGAGGACGGGCUCACUGCCAUGGUGAGCGGGGGCGGGGAGACGCUAUCGGACAUGCGGGAAGGCAUGCCGCUGGGGGUGCACCUGCCGUUCGUGGGCUUUUCCUACUCGUGCAUGGCCCUCAGGGACAGUGAGGUCCGGGGCCACACACCGAUGGAGCUGGAGUCCAAGCCUGCACCUGCUCCUGGUCUGGCGCCCCCAGUGCCCUCUGCGCAGGCUAAAGUGACAGUUCCAGAAGCCAUCGUGGCAGAAGCCAUCCCGGUAGCAGCCAUCCCGGCAGAGGCCAUGGCAGAGGCCGUGCCGGCAGCUGCCCUCCCCAUAGUGGCCAUAGCGGAGGCCGUUCCGGCAGUGGCCAUGGCAGAGGCGGCAGUAGCAGAGGCGGAGGUGACCCUGCGGGAGCUGCAAGACGCCUUGGAGGAGGAAAUGUUUACCCGGCAGAGCCUGAGUCGGGAGCUGGAGGUCAUCCGCACUGCCAACCGCAACUUCGCCAGUCAACUCCGGGAGGCUGAGGCCCGGAACCGGGAUCUGGAGGCGCUGGUGCGACAGCUGCAGGAGCGGAUGGAGCUGAUGCAGCCCCGGGGAGCAGCAGCUGUCACGGGGGUUCCCCCACCCCGGGCCACGGAUCCACCUUCCCAUCUAGAUGGCCCCCCGGCCGUGGCUCUGGGCCAGUGCCCGCUGGUGGGGCCAGGCCCCCUGCACCGCCGCCACCUGCUGCUCCCUGCCAGGGUCCCUAAGUGUGGCCUAUCGGAGGCGCGUGCCCUGCUCCUGUUCGCCGCUGCUCUGGCUGCUGCCGCCACCCUGGGCUGCACUGGGUUGGUGGCCUGCACCGGCCAACUCGCCCAGGUCUGGCGCCACUCGGGAGCCGUCUUCGUCCCCCGAACCCUAGACCCCAGUUUGUCCUCGACUUGUGGCCCACUAGAGGGAUGAGUGACUCGGCCACGGCCCAGGUUUCCGCCCCCCUCUCCCUCCGCUGCAGCCCUGUGAUCCGGGCCCGCCCCCUGGCGGCCGGGGAGGGUGGAGCCGGGGCCUCGGCCCGAGAAAAGGGGUUCAAAGGAGGCUUGUAAACUAGGAAUGCUGCUACAGUAGCCGGGAGGCUCGUGCGAGUCCUUCUUUUCAGCGGCUACGCCGAGGCCCCGAAGUGCACGAGCAAACUGCCGUCUAUAAAAGACCGCAGAGCCAGGGCUCGGCCGGCCGUUUUGCACCCUCCAUGCACGCUCCCUUCUCCCCACCCAACACACACCAGCUCACCGACCACAAAUUCUUUUAUAUUAGGCUCUGCUCACCCGGGAACGUUCUUUUCUCUAGCGUGAUCUCUGCCUGUUUUCUUGGAAGCUCUCGGUUUUUGUUUUUUGCCUGUCUCGCUUUUUCGGGGACCUCCCCCCCGCGCCCUCCUCACGCGCGCUGCUUUCCCGCCUUGGCGAUUUGCUCCGUCCGUCCGCCCUGGCUGUUUGGGUAUUUAUUGACCUGUCCUCCGACUCGCUGACAGGCUUCAGGACCCCGGUACCCUAAUCCACGUUUUGGAUGCACUGAGAUCCCGACAUUCCUCGGUAUUUAUUGUCUCUCCCCACCUAAUACCCCACCCCCGACCCUCGCAAAUA